AUGCAAACUCCGGGGAACUUGGACAUUUACUGGCGUGAAAAGAAUGAUUAUAUUCCAUAUGACUACUCUCAACAGAAUGUUGCUGGUGCCUCCUCUAGUGCUAUGGGACCUCCAAGUACAGCCGAAGUUCCUUAUUACCCAGAGAACUUCAAUAAUAACAGUAGCAGCAAUCAAGAUGUCGUCAUGAAAGAUAUUAAAAUUGAAACAACGUCUUAUUUUCGAGAUCGUUCGCCUGAUCAAAGACGUCGAGAGGACGAGUAUCGUGAGCGCCAUGAAAGAAAAAGGGACAAAGAUAGGGGGGAGAGAGAAAGAGAACGGGAGAAAGAAAGAGAUCGUGAUGCUGAUAGAAGUACUAGGCGUAAAGAAUCCGAAAGAGAUCGAGGUAAAAGUCGUGAGCGAAGUCGCGAUCGUAGUCGUGAACGUCGCAGAACUCGUGACGAUAGAGAUGACCGUGAUAGAGAAAGUCGAAAAUCACGUCGCUCAAGAAGAAAAAGUCGUAGUCCUAGUCUAAGAAGAUAUAGUCCAACCUCAAGAUAUCGCUCACGAUCUCGUUCGGUAACUCCAAUAAAUAAACGUGUUAGGAAAUUAAAUAAUUGGGAUGUACCUCCUCCAGGUUAUGAAGGAAUGACGUCUGAACAAGUUAAAGCGACAGGCCACUUUCCUUUACCAGGUCAAGCUGCUGUAGGUGCAACGAUGAAACCCCCAAGUGCCCCAGAAACUCCGUUAAUUCAUAUUCCCGGAAUGGAUCCAUCUCGUGCUGCUUUAAUGAUGGGAAUGACUCAUGAGUUACCGCCAAGACCCAAAGUAAGCCAAGGUGCAGCUGGUCCUGUGGCACAAACAGCUUCACUUGCAAGGCAAGCAAGGCGUCUUUAUGUGGGUAAUAUUCCUUAUGGCAUUGACGAGUUUCGUGCACCUGAAGAAGCCACAGCAGCAAUGGCCUUCGAUGGAAUUACCUUCCAAGGGCAAUCUUUGAAAAUUCGUCGUCCUAAAGAUUACCAAGCUCCUCCAGGUCACGAUCAAGAACCACCGCCCAUUCACGUACCUGGUGUAGUGUCGACGAAUGUUCCUGAUAGUCCACACAAAAUAUUUAUUGGCGGACUUCCUACAUAUCUAAACGACGAGCAAGUUAUAGAGCUCUUAAAAUCUUUUGGAGAAUUGAGAGCUUUCAAUUUGGUCAAAGACAGUUUAACCGGUGUUUCAAAAGGCUUUGCUUUUUGUGAAUACGUGGAUCCAACUGUCACUGAUUUAGCAUGUCAAGGAUUGAACAAUAUGGAAUUAGGAGAUCGUAAAUUAGUUGUACAGCGUGCAAGUGUUGGUUCUACUAAAAAUACAGGAGUGGCUAUAACUUCAUUACCUCCUUCUUUGCUUAUUCCCGCAAAUAACGGAGAGAUGCAACCUACUAGGAUCUUGCAACUAUUAAAUAUGGUCACACCAGAGGAAUUAAUAGAUGAUGAUGAAUACGCAGGCAUGUUUAUUAAUGAUUUCUAUGUUUCCUAUGAUCGUAAUCAUAAAAAUAUACCUAAGAAUAUUUCCUUUUUACUAAUAUUAGAUAUUUUCGAUGAUGUCCAUGAAGAAUGCUCGAAAUAUGGAAAAAUAGUUGACAUGAAAAUUCCUCGUCCAACACAAACCGGAUUAAUGGCAGGCAUCGGAAAGAUAUUUGUGCGAUACGAACGUAUUGAAGAAACUGGCGUCGCGCUUCGCGCUCUAGCAGGUCGAAAAUUCGCCGAACGUACUGUGCUAACCUCAUAUAUUGACGAAGACAGAUAUCUAGCUGAUGAUUUCUAG